AAUAUUGGCUGGGCCUAGCCAAGCACAACAGGGUCCUGAUGGGUGACUCAGGAUCAAGGCGCUCAAUCAUUGUCUCCCGUUUGCCAAUAUUCCGGAGAAGUAUUAACCGAAGACAUGAUUCCCUCCCGUCAUCACCAACUUCCAACAGUACUGUUGGCGUUCACAGUUCUUCUCCCUCCAGCACCAAUUCUAGCUCAGGUAGCACUGGCAAACGCAAGAGCCUCUUCCGGACACCGUCCAUUAGCUUCCAUCACAGAAAGGGGAGCGAUCAGAAAACGGAUUCUUCAUGCCAGAAUGUGGGCAUUUUGAACGGUGCACAGUCAGGCCACAACACUUUGCAAAAGCUCGGUUUGGAAGAACAGGUGAAAACCAGAGGCAGACAUUCUGUUGGUUUUGGAAGUUCUCGAAAUAAAAAAAUAACGAGGUCCUUGACGGAGGACUUUGAAAAAGGGAGGGAACCCUCAACUAAUAAGAACGUUUUCAUAAAUUGCAUAAGUUCUGGGAAGAAUGAAAGCGAUGACUCUGGCUUUACAGAGACCCAAAGCAAAUCUUCUGUUAAACAUUCCACAAGGAAACUUCUCCCCAAGUCGUUUUCAACGCACUACAGAUUCUCAAAGCCAGUCCCUCAGAGUCAGUCGGUUUCCUGCGUUCAACCAUCUUCUUGUUUGCUGGAAAUUAAAUCCAACGUUGAAACCGAUCCCGUGUCUGCAAAGUCUUCUCCUUCAGAAUGUAUAGGCAGCUCUUUGCUUUCUGCUGAUCUGACCACUGUGCAGACACCAUCUGAGUUUCUAGCCCUGACUGAGGAUUCUGUUUCUGAGGUUGAUGGGCUGCCCACCUGUGGAAACUUGCACCCAGAAGCCUUGGCCCACAAUGUGUCUACCUCUCAAACCUUUGCUGCUUCUCCUCUUUCAAGGAAAACAAACCUUACAGAAAGUAUUUCCCCUUGUGCUGAAACUUACAGGGCUAGAAAUGUAUUGCUCAGUGAAUCUAGUGCUUUCUCAGAAAUCCUUGAUUCAAAUCGAAAACAUACAAAAGUGUUAUUGCCAGAGCUCUUUGCGAAACAGGCCAGCCAUCCAGAAGAUGUAAACUCAGGAGCUAAAGCACAAUUAAAAACCUUUGUCUUAAACCAGGGAGAAACAGUUGAAAGUUCUCCAAAAGCACAGGGAUUACAGAGGGACCAACAAAAAGCAAGAAUAUCGGAACAUGCUAGAGAAAUCUUCCCAGAAACCGAAUCAAAGACCACUCCUUUGUCUUCUGAACCUCAGUCCUUUCAAACACAGCAGGCAAAUGACAUAAAUCACGCAAAGGUGAAUCUUCCCAGUAGUUUUAGUCCAUUUCGAGAAGGAAGAUUCAUCGAAAAGCGUUUAAGAUCCUCCUCCGAAGGCACCGCUGGGAACAGUCGGAUGAUCUUAAAGCCAAAGGAUGGAAACCCAGAAGAGAUGAAUUGUUUAAGAAAACAGAGAACAAGUUCCUCGUCAUCUAAAAUGAAUAGCUUGGAUGUAUUGAAUAACCUCGGCUCCUGUGACCUGGAAGAGGAUGACCUUAUGCUUGAUUUGGAAUUCCUAGAAGAUCCGCAGCAUCGACAAUCUGUUUGCCGGGAAGAUUCUCAUCAGUCAAUCGUCUCCUGUGCUGCCACGCUACUUACUUCUGUUGAAUCAGCUGAAAAUAAGAAAAAGGAAUUUCCCCAAAUGCCGGAAGUGACUAAACAGAAUCUUUCUCUUAAGUUAUCCAAGGAAGUGGAUCGAGGGGACGCACGAUGUCCUCGUGUAAACCAGCUAGCCAUCAGCCCAUCUGUAGAAUGGCCUUUCACAACCAUGGAGGAAGGCGGCGGUCUAGAAACUUUGCCCUUCCGUCUGAUGAUGCAAGACUGCACAGCAGUAAAAACAAUGCUGUUGAAAAUGAAGAGAGUUCUUCAAGAGAGCACAGAUAUGAGUCCUGCCACCAGUACCAAUUCACUUCCUGUUAGCCCACUUACUGAAGAGCCGCUUCCAUUUAAGGAUAUAAUGAAAGACGAAUGCUUGACUCUGAAACUGCAACUAAAAGAGAAAGAUGAACUCAUUUCCCAACUUCGUGAAGAGCUGGAAAAUGCUCGGCAUUUACAAAGUGUGCUUGUCUCUCAAGUAGAUAAAUCCACCCAGACUGAAGUUGUAGGCCAUGAUGCCCUGUGGAAUUCUUCAUGUAUUGACGGUUCAGUUUACAAACCUAUCAGCAUCUCAUUGGUAUCAACAUUUUAACUGAAUAAAAUAUGCUUGGAUACAAGCUACAUAGACCAUUAAUUUAAUCCUCUCUUAUUUGCCUGUAUAAAAAGGAACCUGCAUUGGCUUCAUCUGUUUGACCUAUUUAAUGACAUCUCUGGAGGGGCAGGGUGAAAAAUCCUUAUUUAACAACAAUCACAAAAUACUCUACACUAUUCUCUCAACUGCAUUAAGCAAUAAUUGUUCAAUGAUGACCAAAUUUUGCAGAAUUGAAAUAAAAUA